AUGGAUGAUCAGGAAAUGUCUCAAGAUGAAAAAUACGUGGUACAUCAGUUCCAGGAAAGCGUGAAUUUCGAUGGAGAAAGAUACGAAGUAGAACUGCCGAGGAAAACGAAUUGUCCAAAGUUAGUUUACAAUCGAAAGAUAGCGAUGAAGCGACUCGUUAAUGUCGAAGCAAGAUUGAAAAGGAAUCGAGAACAAUUAGUGAUGUAUAAAGAAUCGAAACGACAAUCGACGAUGAUCAAUCAGAGAAAAUACAAUAUUUACUGUAUCAUCCUGUAUUUAGAAAAGAUAUCGUGUUACUAUGAUGGCAGACGUGUGGAAAAUGUUUUUGCAAGUUAAAGUGGCGUUAAAGGAUCAGAAUGUUCACCGUUUCCUGUGAAGAAAUAUGGAUCCAACUAAAGUUGUAAAGAAUUACUAGAUGACGAGACUACCGUUUGGAGACAUAUGAACCCCUUAUUUGGCGAUUGCUACGAUACAUCAUGAUGCAGAAGCAAACGGUGACAAGUUUCCAGAAGCAUGCGCAAAGAUUAUUAAAGAAGACACGUACGUUGACGAUUGUUUAGCUGGAACAAAUAACGAAGAAAGUGCAUUUACCCUUUACCAAGACUUGGCCAAUUUGAUGAAGAUCGGUGGGUUUGACUUAGUCAAGUGGUCAACGAACUCAAGUCAACUACGGUCCCGUAUUCCCAGCGACCAAAGAGUUCCUGAACGUAUAGUUUGUCUUGACAGCGAUUCAGAACCUCUAAAUUCCUUGGGUCUUUCCUGGGAUACCGAAGAAGACGUAUUCUUAUUUCAUCAAGGAAAUAAGUUAUUUGAACUUUCCGAUCCCAAAACUAAAAGAAGUCUCGUAAGUAUAUCUUCGAAGCUCUUUGACCCUUUGAGAUUUAUUGAUCCAUUUACCAUUCGAGCAAUGAUUCUGUAUCAAGAAGUGUGGUUACGUGGCUUUACAUGGGACGCACCCUUGACGCAAGAUAUCAAAGAACAGUGA